AUGACAUUGCAGGAUAGCUCUACUCAGUUAGCAGGCGAUUGGCGUAUGAAACGGGCGGAUAUGAAGCUGGAAAAACACAAUCAGUCCUGGAGUGUAUUAGGCUGGAGAUUUGUGGCCUACUUAAGGGAUUACUGUCAAAAUUGUAGUCUGGCAGGCUUUGCCUAUAUAGCCAAUCAUAAUUUACAUUUCACGGAGCGAAUUUUUUGGCUGCUAUGCAUUAUUGCUUCGACCAUAGGCGUUUAUAAUCUGAUCAGUCAAUAUCAGCGCGACUUCACCUCGCGCGCUGUCAGCAUAGUCCACGAGAGUCUAUCGCCAUUUGCGAUGCUAAAAUUUCCAUCGAUUACCGUUUGCGAAACGCGAUUUAAUACGGAUUUUCCGAAAAAUGUGGAAGAUUAUAUCCGGAGCUUGGGUACAGGCUUGAAUGAGCCCUACAACUGGGUGGUUGAGUCGUAUGUAUCCUUCAUAUUGUUUCCACAUCAGUAUGUGUCGGGCACAUUUUUGCGCUGUCAACCAUUCGAAAAUUGUGAAGAAUGCGCCAAGUGCCCCAAGAAAGAUUUUCGAAAGAUUGCCACAAGGUUUGGUUUCAAUUGCUCGGAUCUGUUUAUCAGUUGCAAAUUGUCGGAUAACACCUUCGACUGCUGCAACUACUUUCUGCCGAUGAUCACGCCGUACGGACGCUGUUUUCUGCUCAACUCACUUCAGAACAAUAAGCCCGAAUCGAAGCAUUGGCUGCCGGCCAUUUUGGAUCGGGGUAGCCAACCGGAAAUGAAACUGCAUCUGACACGCUCUGCUAUCAUUAAAGUGCUCAAUGAGGAGGAUGUCAUAACCACGGCGCUGCCAACUGUAGAAGUCACUGUGAGGGAGGGACAGCAAAAGACAUUACAGUUUCACAAGGAAGCCAUGGUGAAUGAUCCCAAUAUGAAGGAUAUUCCAGUAGCCGCCCGCGAUUGCUACUUUCCCGACGAGGUUACGCCAUGGAGCAUGUACAAGGCGUACAGUUUCAGUGCCUGCAUCAGCGACUGCUUGAGACUGUAUCAAUAUGAGCUGUGCAACUGCUCCGUGUACAAUUUUAUACCAUAUGAGAAUGAACGCUAUCCUGAUUGUGACCUUAAGGGCUACUUGUGUCUGGAAAGUUUUUCCCUGGUCCUGCAGGAUAUCAAAAGACUAUUCCGCGCUAGUUCACAGUCACUGCAUUGCCAUUGCCUGCCCUCCUGCACGGAGGGCGACUUGAAAGCCAUCUAUGAAGAUCAACCAGCAUAA